GCCAUCGGCGCCGCGGCCGGACGGAAGCCCCGGGGAGGCUCCCCAUCCCUUUCCUCGUCCUCCCCGUCGAGGGGGCGACUUCCUCCGCGGCCGCCGGCGGGCCUGAAAGCGUUCUCGGGAGAAAGGCUCAGAGCCAGACUGGAAGGGGGACGGCGGGCGCGGCUGGCUGGCUGGCGCGCAACGUCGAAGCCCCGGGGAGAGGAGGGCGCGCGGCGGGGAGAGCGGGGCUCGGCUGCCGCUCGCCGGGCCAGCCAGCCAGCCAGUCAGGAAGGCGGAGGCGCGCCACUCGGCCCCCAGAUCCUGGCGUGCCACCCCCAGGGGCGGCGUCACGUGCCUGACCUUUGCUGACACUUCGCCCAGCCGGCGUAUAAAAGCGGGUCAGCCGGUGAGACUGAGCUGCGCCGCGCUCAGACUCCGCAGGUUUGGCACCGCUGCUCGCCUCGCCCUUCCCGACCGAGCGCUCGGCGGACUCUGUCCUGCGCAAGCCCUCCGCGCCGCUCAGCCGUCCGAUGGCCCGCCCGGAGACCUUCCAGCUGCUGCCGAAGCCCCGCGGGCAGCUCUUCCCGCUCCUGGCUCUCCUCGCAGUCGCGCUGCUCUUGCAAGGGCGCGGCGGCCGCGCGGCUUCUUUGCAGGGCGUCGAGGGAGCGCCCGCGAUGGCCAAGAUCUACCCGCGAGGCAGCCACUGGGCAGUGGGUCAUUUCAUGGGGAAAAAGAGCACUGGAGAUUUUCCUUAUAUAUAUGAAGAACGUCAAGAGAUGCCCUUCUCUUUGCUGCCAAAUGAUGUCAAGCAUCUGGGCAGUUAUUUGCAGCAGGAUGAAUCCUUCAAGGAGUUGCUCAAGCACAUGGAGGAGAAUGAAGAUCAAAGCACUCAGGUUCUCCGGGAAGAACUGCCUUUUUCUGCCAAGAAUGUUUGGGGGGCAGAGGAAAGCAGCAGCUUCAAAGACAUGAUGGAACUCCUGCUGCAAGUAAUGGAUAAAAAGGAAAGCACUCCAAGUUGAAAUGACUGCCAUCCAGCACUGAAGACAUGGAAUAAUGUCCUUAAGAGACUAUUGUUUCAUAAGCAUUUUAUUGUACAUGAUAACUAAACAAUUAUCUUUUCUGUUAAAACAAGAUUUCCCCCCUUCAGUGUAAAAGAACCUGUUUACUUGUUCUCCUAACAAUGGCUACACUUUUCAGUGGCUUUUUUCCCUUCCAAGCAGCAUUUUUCUCCCUUGAAUUGCUUUGUUGUACAUAAUUGUCAAUGAAGGGUCUUCCAAUUCUCUGACAAUACUUUGCCAUUUCUCUCUUCAAUCGCUGCAUCUUUUAUCUUGCAAUCAUCUAGCAUUUCAACA